AUGACCGAGGCAUUCGUAAAAAGGAGGCUCAUCAGUCUCAUUGGAUCUGGAAACAUUGGAGGAAUUAUGGGAUAUCUGGGACAAUUGACCGAACUUGCCGAUAUCGUCCUUUUCGACAUUGUUCCAAAUCUCGGAGCUGCAAAAUCACUUGAUAUUGUUCACGCAAACACCGUUGCAGGCAUUGGUUACAAGUGCAAGGGAACCACCAACUACGAGGACAUCGCCGGCAGUGAUGUGUGCAUUGUGACUGCGGGUUUGGCAAGGCAACCAAGCAAGUCCAACGAGGAGUGGAGCCGUGAUGAUUUAGUGUCUACAAACUCUAAGAUCAUUACCACCGUGGCCGAGAACAUCAAAAAGUACGCACCUAACGCCUUUGUUAUUUGCAUCACGAAUCCCAUGGACGUUAUGGUUCACUUGAUUAAGAAGGUUACGGGAUUCCCCAAGAACAGGGUAGUAGGCAUGGGUGGACUGCUCGAUUCUUCGAGGAUGCGUUACUACAUUGCCGAAAAGCUCAACGUAAACCCUAAGUAUGUUCACGGCAGUGUUAUUGGAGCUCACGGUGACAGUAUGAUUCCACUGGUUUCGAAAGUGACUGUUAAUGGAGUACCAAUUUCCUACUUUAUUGAAAGGGGACUUUUGACCACCGAGGACCUCGAGGCAAUUGAGAAACGCACCAUAAGCUCAGGAAUUGAACUUCUCAAGCUUUACGGAACUGGCUCAGCCUACUUCUCACCUGCCACUGCUGCGAUCGAGAUGGCCUCCUCGUACUUGCACGACAAGAAGUCCAUCUUCGCCUGCUCGUGUUACCUUGACGGCGAGUACGGCCACAAGGAGGUGUACUGUGGAACCCUCGCAGUCAUUGGAGCCGGUGGAGUUGAGAGAGUCUUCGAACUUGAUCUCACCCCCGCUGAGAAGGAAAGGUACGACAACUGCAUCAAGGAAAUCCGCAGAUUGGAGGCUUUGAUUAAGUAA